UUGACACAGCUAAUUUAUUUCAUCACCAUAACCUCAAAAUAUUUAAAUUGUACCUUUCAUUCAAAGAAAUUUAAUGUAAACUACCUUAAAGCACCUUCCAGGGAUUGUUAAAAUGGAUUCUGUAAAGGGAUACUUUGAUUAUAAUAUUCCAAAUCAAUGCAUCAGCAGCGAUUUUGAAAGAACAGCAAAACGAUUAUGUGAAUUUGGUUAUUGCACAAUCGCGAUUAAUCAAACCAUUGACGAAUCUGCACUAGAAGAGUCAAUUACCGAAGGUAAAAAGAAAAAGAAAAUUGAUAAAGGGGACAUUGUUCCACCACCAAUUUAUCCAAAGGCAAUAAAGGGCUAUGAGACAUUGAAAAUACUGAACAGAUUAACAAUCGCCUUCACAAAUCCGGAUAUUAUUAAUCGCAUUAUUAAAUCACCCAACUUUAAAAAGUAUGACAUCAUUGCCGCUCAACCUGAAAGUCAACAAGCAUUUCAGUUUACAUGUACUAGUUUUGAAGCUGAUAUUUUUUCAUUCAACCCCUCGACAAAACCGAAUUACAGACUGCAGCGUAAGUUAUAUUACUUGCUGAUUGAAAGAGGAGCGUACUUCGAACUUAUGUAUGGACCCGCUAUAGAAGAUAGUACUAAAAGAAAAAAUAUACUAGCCACCGCUCAUAUGUACCACUCUUUUGGAAAAUCGAGAAAUAUCAUUAUCUCAAGUGGGAUUACUAACAGUCUUUUGUUAAGAAGCCCUUAUGACGUUACCAAUUUGGGUUUAUUGUUUGGUUUAACUGACGGACAAGCUAAGGAUGCGGUCCUAAAUAAUGGGCGGAAUGUUUAUAUUCAUGGAGUGGGAAGACGGUUAGGUAAAACAAUUUUGCUGUUUGAAAGUUUAACAAACGAAGAAUAUUCUGUUGAUAAUCAGAGAGGUGAAGACGAAGAAAUGGAACUUGAUCAACCUGCUCUAAAGAAAUCUAAGCAAUAUUCUACUUAAUAUAGGACUUAAAAUUAAUUUUUGUUUAAAUGGGUAACGCAAAGAAAGGAUUAGUGUUUCUGUACAUUAGGAGGCGAUUUGCGUAACGUUUUGUUUAUUAGUCUUGGUGCUCUGCUAAGAGUUUCCUAACCAGUGGUAUGCCAUUGCAUUAUUCAACUGCUUUCCGAAUAUAUGUAACAAGAGGUCUGCCAAAUACUAUAGAAAACGAUGUAAAAAUAUUAAAUGGGCAACUAUUCAACCUAAAAUCCAAUUAGGUACCUAUUUAAAAGUUUUAUUUUUAUGAAUUUGAAUAAUUUUAAAUACUUGGAUUUCAGUAGUUGCCAAUUUAAUACCUAUUUUUAAAUAUAUACAUUUAUGGAUUUAAAUAAUUAACAAUUUUAGGUAAACAUUUCACUAUUUAAAAAUCAAAAAUGAGUCAUUUUAGUUCCAAAUAUUUAGUACAAUUUGUAUGGUAUGUGCGUAUGUAGCUUAGCGCGUUUACAUUUGUGAUUCCUUUACAGUGCGGAUUAAAAUAGAUGAUUUCUUAACUUUAUUGUUAAUAAAUAUAAGUAAUUGAUGUCUGAAACAACCUGUUAAGAUCGUUUUUAAUGCUGAAUGAAUUUGUGUAAACUUUUAUAACAAAUGUGCUUCAUCUAAUCAUUAAGUGUCAUCUACCUAAACAAAUACGGUGGUACCAAGACCAAAGCAUUUAUAAUCAAGCGAAUGUUUUUAAAAUAAUUGGGCAUAUUUUAUGCUAGUUAGUGUAAACUCAAUUUGUAUCUUUCAUACCUCCACAAAAAACAUGUAUCAUUCGUCCACUCUUCCAAAAAAAAAACAUAAUAAAUACAUAAGACCUUUCCCUGUUAAAAACAAUUAAGAGCUUACUUUGUAAACCACAUCCUAGUUGUAUCAAUGUCUUGUUUUGUUUAAUUCCAUUUUUGCAAUAUAUCAUAGUCUGUCUGAUUAAAUACACUAAUGUUCAAUAAAUUAAGGGUUGAGUGAAAGAGCAGAUAUGGAUGUUAUCCCUGGUGACCCUGUCUGAACUGUGCCAUUUAGACAGGAUCUACGAAAAAUAUCUAAUAAAGUAAUUUAUUAUUA